AUGGCUUCUACGAAUCCUUUCUGGUCAUUUGUCACCCCGUUCACGGACGGCAUGCCCCAUGCCCUUUCGAGACGAGUGAGCUCUGUCCCAGACCAUGACGAUCACAUACGGACGUCUUCCGCUGAUGGAGCUCGAAUCUAUACCCAAACAACACCUGACUCAGCAUGGUCCCAGGCGUCAUUCGAAGAAGUGGACUUUACCUACAAUCCCUCUAAGAGCAAGAAUACGGCGCGCGUGGACGAUGCUGCCUCCGUCCGGCCUGGCAGUUGGCCCCUGACUGAAAAAUACUAUGCGCUCUCAUCUGCAACCCAUGAUCUAAGAUGCCCAAGAUGGACGCUCUGGAAAGCUCUUCUUCUUCCUACCUCGACCAUCAUCCUGCCAAUGGCCUUCCUUGUUGCCGGGCUUCUAGCGCUCAUCUUCGGCUACCGGGUCAGAUCCGAAGACAGCUUGUUUGAAGAAGUGUCCAACUCUCACGUCUUGAGUGACCGGGCUGUUGUCUUGGUCAAUUAUUCAGCAACUCGGAUCGCAUUUGUCGCUUCAUGGGCGUCGACGCUUGCCCCUCUCCUUGCUAGCUUCAUCAUGAACCUGUCCAGUUUCCAGUCUGCUCUCCUCAUGUAUACCUCCUCCACAAGCCCGCAACAACAGGACCUUCCAACCCCAUACCAGUACACCCUCCUUGUCGGCCUUUGCUUAGCUUCAAUUGGCAGACUGGGAAGAUACUUCUCCUACGCGAAAGAGGAUGGAGUCAUCAUACCUCCGGCCCUCCGGCGCGCUGCGCAGACUCUUACAUUGACCCUUGUCCUUGCCUGCAUCGUCUUCGGUGCUGACACUGCCCUUCACUACACAACUUCAACCAUCAACUUCGACCAAAUAUCUGUCUCACCUCUGUCCCAUUCCUAUGGGUACGGCUUAUCGUCUACUUGUCUUGCCCUCAACCGCAGCGACAACUUUGGGCUACCAUGCUCCCGUAACGGACAACUCGCCGCGGCGGAUUACAACGCCUACGUCGCAAGCCAGAACGAGAUCUUCUAUCUUCAGCACGGCAUAUCCAAUGUCAGUGAAGUUCGUCUCGUCGAUAUACCAUCAGACGGACCAGCAAACGUCACGUCAUCCGGCGCCGCCAAGGUGGCUCUUCUCAUCCCUCGCAGCACUGGUUUGUCUCCUUUCCGUGACUUCCAAGCGUACACAACUGGUGUAAUCACGACCUGCGAACCCAUUAGCAACCUCUGCAACUGGACAAGUGGUGGUCCGGGAAAUUACUAUAGCCAGUUCAACUGCAGCGAGAACUUUUGGGGAGUGCUAGGAAAGUCUCCCAAUGUCAGCGACACUGGCAUGCUCGUCGACGAUAGUUCUGUGCCGCCUUUGGGAUUCAAGCGCGGUGCGGCCUUGCAAUACUCAUUCUAUAUGGACAAAGGACUGAGCAUUAACUAUGACUCGUCUGGCAGCCUGGGCCCGUUUGUGCCCGACUCGGAGCUCAUUAACCCUGUAUAUGUCGGGGUCGCAGCACGUUUUCAGUCGACUGCCCAACGGGCUGGUGUGAAUAUGUCCUCCGAUCCAGGGAUCUAUCAGGGUCCCACGCCUUACCUUGACUUCACGCUUCGAUGCAAGUACACUACGUAUCUUGUCGACUACAACUGGGUCAACUCUUCAGCCAAAGUAAAUUCGCUGACUCCUUCCCCAAAUGGCACAAUUGCUGAGGUUUUCCACGGGUAUAACAUCUACGGCAGUUAUGACAGCUUUGACAAUGAUCUCCAGGACUCCAUGCUCGCGGCAGCACUACAGUCCAACCUGAAGCAACUUGCUGAUACGUUCGCCAACAGCUAUUCGUCGCGCGUGAUGAGUGUGAUUGGCCCAUUCCUGUCCUCACGCACCAAUCUGCAAGAACAGACGCGUACGCCAUUGCUUGUGGCCAAAGUCCCCAAAGCGCCGCUGGCGAUCCUCAUCGCGGGUUGCUUGUGCUAUAUCGUCUUUGGCGUUGUCAGUGCUACAUUGGCAUACGGUGCGUUGAGGGUCGUGGAUGUACGGGACCUGGCGUUUCGAUUCAGCCUGCCUGCUCUGGGGCUACACGCUUUCCGAGACGAUAAUACUGAGAGGGACGCCGUGGACGUGGACACAAUCCGGACAGGGAACGGGGUCGAAGAGGAGCGCAGGGUGUUUAACGAGACGAAAAUCACGCGCGAGACUAUGAGGGUCGCGGUCGAAGGCGAGCCCAGGACCGGCUUCGUCUUGAAGAGCCUGGUCUAG